AUGCGCGGCAUUUUCGUCGCAGCUCUAGCACUGGCUACCGUUGCAUGCGGCCACGGACACCACGAUGAUGAGAACACAGAGGUAGAGAAAGAUUGGGCAACGAGGCACAUGCGAGAGGAACACCACAUUGACAACUUCGACGCCGGCUCAUUCUUCGCCCUCCACGAUUACGACAAUUCAGGAGACUGGACGGGCGAUGAAAUCAUGAAAACAUACGGUCUCCUCGACUCAUCGAACGCCCACCUCACCACCGACCAAAAAGAGAAUGUUGUCCGUGAAGUAUUAAAACUGUUCAAUCCAUCCGGCUACGGAACCGUUACGCGCGAUGAAUGGAUGAGCCAAACCCAGGCUGGUUUUCGACUGCCCGACUUCGGGUAUGGUCCGGGUCACCACGGCGAUAUUGAAUAUGAAUAUGAGAUUCACCAUUUUGAAAAAUUUCAUGGCGAGGAUGCCAAGGAGGAGGACUUGACGCAUCCGGAAGAUAUUGAGCAUUUCAGGUUGCAUGAUGAGAUGGAGUUGGCGCAGGAGAGACUGGAGCAGCUGGAAAACAUGCAGAUUGUGGAGGGAAAUAUACCCAGGAAAUUCCUGCGGACUCCGUGA